AACACCGCUGCUUUAUUUCCCUAUUACUUCCUUUCCACACUAAACAAGACAGCAAAUGUCAGAUUUGUUACGUUUGUAGCAGAUAGUACCGGUCCAGUUCAAUUAGUAGUAGCUACAUCUCAAUAAAAACUUCAGUGAUGGAAGAAGUUGACAAAAUUUUGAUUCACGCCCUCAAACAAGUCGGCAUGGAGGCGAGCGAGGAGAUCGACAGCAUCAAACUGUUCAGCAGUGAGCUUAUAGUGGAGGCGGUGGUCAGAUGUAUCCGGGUGAUCGAUCCAGGCCUGGGCAAUGCGCUGCCCACCUCCCUUCCUCCAGGCAUGUCCGCCCGCUUUAGGGUGGGCAUGAGUCUGGCACAGUCCUGUCAGGACAUUGGUUAUAAAGGAGAGAUAGGCUACCAGACGUUUUUGUACAGCAACGAGCCAGAGAUCCGCUCCCUGCUCAUGUUCCUGGUGGAGAAGCUGCCCAGAGAGAGUGCACAGUCCUCAGACCAACCAACAGGAGUAUCGCUCCAGGAAACUGAACCGGCUGCGUAAACGCAUCGAGGAGCAGCUGCGUUCUGCUGCACUGCCCUUUCCUGAAAGUGCCUUGGGUGGUCCAUGCUCCACCUCUGACUUGUCUGAGCUACUGCAGAACUUCAGAGGCUCUGCCCCCUCUGACCACAUCCUGACCAAGGGCACCCACUUCACCCACACCCAGAAGUUUUCCUUCACUCAGGAGGCGGCUGCAGUAACCAGCUCCAUCCCCACUGGGCAUCAGUCAGAAACUGAUAUCCAGCUCCAUCAGCAGGAGGAACUGACUUCACUCCAGCAGCAAUUGCAGCAGCUCUGCAGUGAUGUUGACCAGCUAGCUGCAGACAUGAAGCACAUGAGUGUCACUAAUACACAGGUUUUGGAUGAGCUGAAGCAUAGAGAGCAGAGAAACUCUGAAAAAGAGGAGAAGAUGCAGGUGAAAAAGAAAACAAUCGACCUUUUGCCAGAUGCAGACAACAACCUGCUAAAGCUUCAGGCUCUGGUGGAGGCCAGUGCCAAGCGGGUGGUGAACCUGGCCUCUCAGUGGGAAAAACACCGUGCUCCACUCAUCGACGAGCACCGAAGACUCAAAGAAAUCUGCAGCAACCAAGAUCUGGAGUCAUCCAGAAAGCUGUCUGAAAUCAAGUCUUUGCAUGACAGAAUCCGUGUGUCUACAGAUGAGGCCAAGAAGAAGGAAGAAAUAUACAAACAACUGGUAACAGAGUUAGAGAAUCUUCCCCAGGAUGUGUCACGGUCAGCAUACACUCAGAGGAUUCUAGAGAUUGUCAGCAACAUCAAGAAACAAAAGGAAGAAAUUACAAAGAUAUUGUUAGACACUAAGGAGCUCCAGAAAGAGAUCAACAACCUAACAGGAAAACUGGACAGGACCUUUGCUGUGACUGAUGAGCUGGUCUUUAAGGAUGCCAAAAAAGAUGAAUCCGUUCGCAAAUCCUACAAGUACCUGGCUGCCCUGCAUGAAAACUGUAAUCAGUUGAUCCAAACCAUUGAGGACACCGGUACAAUCUUGAGAGAGAUUCGAGAUUUAGAAGAACAGAUUGAGACAGAAAAUGGUAACAAAACUGUGGCUAACCUGGAGAGGAUUCUGGAUGACUACAAGGCUAUUCGACAGGAGAACUCUGCACUUGCUGCCAAAGUCAGAGAAGGCUGAAGGGGAAGCCCCGGCUUGCUCCACUGUGCCUGCUGAGGCAGAAGUUGUUAAAAACCUGGAGCCAUAGAUGGACUUGAAUGGUACUUAAACAGCGCUGCAGUUUUCACACUGAAGACAUUAUCAGCACACUCUGUUGCCAUACAAGACUUGCUUUUCUUUGGAAAGGCAAGCAGAUAUUUGUACCAUGGAACUAACUUAGAAUUUUAAUUCAAAACCUGUGGAUGGAUGAAGAUGACAAUUAUUUUUUCAUUUCAAACUGAUUUCUAUAGCUGGAUGUGCUCUUUGAGUGUCCAUGCACUGGUUAGAUCAGUCUGUACCCAAAUAAAACAUCACACUGGACAGCAGAGGGUGCUGUCAGAUCUUUUCUCUUUGAAUGUAAACUGCUUAGUAAUGAAAUGUUUUGGUAAGAUAUCUUGAUUAAAAUCAAAUCUUUGACUUGGAAUUUUUAAUACAUGAAUUAUUCCACCAUUUUCACACAGUAGCAGUUCCUUCGUUGUCAUGAUAUUUGAACUGAAUAUGUUGAGUGAAUGGCAUUUGAAUGUUGUCCAGCUCCACCCGCAAGGUAUUCUUGUAUAUAUGAUACCAGCUUAAAUAAAGAUGCCUUACUUAAAGUGCAGCUCUUAUUGUAA